AUGUCCCGGGAUCUACGCGCGAGGCAUCGGGACGACCGUGCCGAGCUUCGAGUAAGCGUCGCGCACCGUCGAAGGUGUCGAAGAGCGUCGAAGGCGAAAUCGAAGUGUUGGGAGACUGAGUCGAAGUGCCGGGCGGGAUGUGAGUGCCGAAAAGAGGUGUAUCGGGGCCCAGCGGGGCUCGGCGCCUAUCACCGACUACACCUCAAGCACCCCGAUCACUACGCCGACGACCCAUACACCAUGGCAGAGAUUCACGCGGCGGCUACUUUCAUUCUACACGGUACAUCGAGCACACCUACGACCGCGGCGAACCAAGCUAUCGCUUCGACAUCGAACACUUCGACAACGGUGCCCCCCGGGAUGAUCAAGACCAAAGACAUCUCGAUGAUCAUCGAAAGCCUGUCGAGGACGAUCGCGACACUUAUUCAGCCGACAACACACGCGACGCACAACCACGCCCCCGCACCGAGACAACAAGCUGCCGUCCACAUCCACGAGAACACCGGAGCUGAACAGACGUGCCACUACUGCGGCAAUCGUGGCUGCAGGGUAGGCACCUGCGAGUUCGCGGAAAUCGACAUUCGGGACGGCAAGUGCAAACGGAACACCGAAGGCAAGAUCGUUCUUCCAAACAGAAGUUUCUGUCCCCGCACUAUCCCUGGUCUCACAAUACGAGAUCGAAUCUACGAGUGGCAUAGAAGAAAUCCCGCAGCACCCGCCACUCCGACGAUGCUCUUCGAGAUCGACGAUCGCUCGACUGUGCAAACAUUCACGCUCAACACUAGCGGCAGGAUCGAGGCGCUCGAGCGAGAACUCCUUCAGCUUCGGAAGCGAAGGGAGGUCUUCGACGGCGUCGAGAUUCUACAGCGGAAGAAGCCUACGACGACAGCCAUCCCGAGGAGCGCGGAAGCCUCUGGAUCUGCGUACAAGACCAUUGUCCCCGUUAUCCAGCCGAAGCUCGCCGAAGAAAUCUUCCAGCAUUCGAUGAAGUCGCAGUUCGUCACGCUGACCCCAGAAGAGUUGCUGUCGAUCGCGCCCGACGUUCGAACCAAGUACCGCGACGCCGUCACCCCCAAGCGAGUCUCGACGGAACCCGUCGCGUCGGCCCCCGUCGUAGAAAUCGGCGCCGACGAGGUCACGGCCGUCAACCAGCUCUCGUGUUCAGGUGCAACAUUGGAACCUGGUGCUACAAUCGUCCCCGACCCCUACGAAACAUACCUCAAGCACAUCCCUCACGGCGAGCACCCCGCAGAAUUCACCGUCGCACGCGAUUCGAACGCGAUUCGCUCAAUCAUCGCUUUGAUUGACAACAAAGAGCAGAUCGAAUGCAUCGUCGACCCAGGUUCGCAAAUCGUCGCCAUGUCAGAAGAGGUCUGUCUCGGCCUCAACCUCCUCUUCGAUCCUACAAUCCAGCUGAACAUGCAAUCGGCGAACGGCGAGGUGGACCGAUCGUUAGGACUCAUUCGAAAUGUUCCCUUCCGCAUCGGUGAGAUCGUAUUGUAUCUCCAGGCUCACGUCAUUCGAAACGCAGCGUACGACAUCCUCCUCGGCCGACCCUUCGACAUGCUCACGCAGAGCGUCGUCAAGAACUUCGCCGACGAGAACCAGACCAUUACGAUCCUCUGCCCGAACACCGGCGAAACCGUCACGAUUCCGACCACUCUCUCGGGUGUCGCCAAUCGCAUUUUCUAG